CACGCCGCGUCGCGUCGCGCCGCGCCGAGCGCAUCAUCAUCGUCGGCGGCAUCGGGGGCAUCCCCGGUCUGAUCUUGGCGAACCGGGAUCACUCGCGGGAGCGAGGAUGCUGCGUGCGGUCUACACCGUUCUGCUGCCACGGCUCGUACUGUCAUCGCUGCUGCUGAUUCAUUCAGGCAUCGUCGUCGUCGUCGCCCUACGCAUGACGUCCCUGGAGAUACCGCAGCACGUCGUGCUGAAUGAGACGGUGCGCAUGCAGUGCAACUUCAACUUGGACAAAGAGCUAUUGUACUCGGUGAAGUGGUACAAGGACGGCCACGAAUUUUAUCGCUAUACACCCAGAGAUGCGCCCACAGUGCUAAUGUUCCCGGUGGCCGGCGUAAACGUGAACACCAACUAUUCCACCGAGAGUUCGGUCGUCUUGAACAACGUGAAUCUGACGAGCUCGGGGAGGUAUCGAUGCGAGGUGUCGGCCGAGGCGCCCGCCUUUCAGACGGUCUCGGAUCACGCGGAUAUGACUGUAGUCGUUCUACCUAACGAAGGACCGCAGAUAACCCACGGUCGUUCCAAGUAUCAGGUGGGCGAUUUCGUUCGCAUGGACUGCACGUCGGCACCUUCUAAACCAGCUGCGCUGUUGUCUUGGUUCAUCAACGACGAGCCGGUCGACUCCGAAUAUCUGAAAGGGCCGCGCAUUAUCGCGACCGACGAAAACGGUCUGCAGACCGCGAGGCUCAGUUUGGAAUUUCGCGUCGCGAACAACCACUUCCGGCGGGGCGACAUGAAGCUAAAGUGCUUGGCCACAAUAGCCACGGUCUAUCGGCAAAGCAACGAGGAGAGCGUGGAGGGCGGCGAGAGCGUUCCAAAACCGUCUAUAAUAGACCACCGCGAGAGCCGGGCGCAGAGCCACACUCGCGAGGACCUGGCGAACGGAUUCGCGUGCCUCGCAGCCGAAUGGACAAUCCUCGCCGUCGUCCUGAUCGCAUCGAUCGUCGUCGUGCGAUAAUAACGACUCUUUUUUCCACGUUGCUUCCUGAUCAUUAUGAACGUUGUAGGAGAUCGGUUUCACGCCCUAUCUAACUAAUUCCUAAUCCGCGUAAUCAUAAUUAACGCCAUAUCGAUAUACAUAUAAUAAGUGUACGUCCAUUCAAGCGUCGCCGGCGCACGAUAAAGCCCCACAGCCCACUUUGGCGGUACGCUCUCUAGACUCUAAAUGUAUUCUCGUGCGCGCGCGGGGCGGACGAUCGCGAUCGAUCCGAGUCUCCGCGCGCUCGUCUUAGAUCGUCCAAAAAGUCUCUCUCCAGCGAGGAGCGUCGCGGUAAGACGCUUGUCUUUUGUACCGCUUUCGAGAUACGUCGAUGUUAUUCUUACUACGAUUUUUAUAAAGGGGUUUUCUAUUUUCACGACAUAUCAUUUAUUCACGCGGCGCGGUCGCAUCUUUGCGCGGCGUUCAAAUAACGAUCUUCCGACAUAUUCCGGGGAGGGGGUCUUCUUCUCUCGGGCACCGCCUGGGCCCCGCGAAUGCGCUUUCAACGGAAUCGCUAUCGUCCACCCGCUACGUUCCUCCCCGCGUCUCCCCCUCAGCGAUUUCUCCGUACAAAACAGAGUUAAUGCUAGUCACGAGGCCGGUCGCGAGCGAUUUUUUGCCCUUACACACGGCGAGCAAAUCAUGUAAUUGCAAAAAAUGCAAAAAAAAAUAGACAAAUUAAUAAAAAUUUUGAAGAAUUUUUUUGUGAAAUUAUAAAUGUCCAGGCUUCGGUGCUCAAUUUCGAAGAUGAAUAUUUAUUUUCGCAAAAAUUAAUUCAAUCUGACUUCUCUUGAUUCGUCUAUUCUUUAUAGUGCGCGAUAAUAGCAGCUGAUGAGACGUCUACAAAUAUUUUUUGCUUCCGUUUUUAUCAUCUUUCCGAAUAUUCUCAGUUCACUGUGUUACCCUGCGCGUGAAUUUUAUUUCUAGUACGUCUCGGUUGAUAAAGAUAGCCGAGUGUCGAAUGCUGCUAAGGAAGCGGCAUGCAAACACUGCUCACUAAAGUAAAAUGUAACACAAUAUUGAUCACCAUUAUAUAUAACAACAUUCUAAAUAUAUUUAAAGAAAAAUAAUGAUGUUUGAAAGAAAGCUUUUGUCUGACAACUUCUGAUUCUCCAUCCAAGCCAUUACGCCAUGCAUCGCCGUGUGAGAUCACACAAGAAUUGACUCGUGACUCGCUCGAGAGUGUGUAUCUUUUAUAAUGAGCGUUUCGUUAUGUAAAAUAGCCGCGCGGCCCGUAGGUCAUAGGUCAUUCGCAUCACGAGUGAGAGGUUGAAGUGAAUCCCCACUCGAUAAUCACGUGAAACGCUUAAUCGGGUCGCUGUCGUCCCUCUUCUGACUAAUUGUAAGGCAUAGUUAAUCUCAUAUCGGAUAUAUGUCACGCGUACGGAAUUACUAUCGUAUUUUCGAUCGAUAUUGAAAUAUCCCAGUGGCCGCGUGCGCGCGCGCGCGCACCGGCCGUGCCUAAGAGGAGGAACACGGACCUCCACUUAGGCUCGUCCGUGACGCGUCACCGUAAUUAACAAUAACGUAAUUCCAGGCCGAUAUCGGGCAGUAUCAAUAAACGCCGCUUGAAUCGGUGUUUUCUCGUUAGACGUCGACACAAGGGAAUUACACCAAGUGUUAAUUAAUAGCGCAAUAGACUUGUGUACAAAUACAUAGCAUAAACAAUUUGUGAAACCAAAUUAUUCUUCCGAAUAUAAUUUCAAAAAAAAACACGGCACUCUUUUAAGGUUAAAAUAAUAUUAUAUUUUGUUGCGCA